UCUCUGUUAAAGAUUAUUAGCCGCCCGGGUUGAGGGUAUAAAGCGACGGAAUGAACGCCGCGUGAACACAUUCCCUGACUGUUAGCCAUGUCGUUCAGUGGAAAAUACCAGCUGGAGUCUCAGGAAAACUUCGAGCCUUUCAUGAAGACGAUAGGUCUCUCAGAUGAGAUGAUUGAAAAGGGCAAAGACAUCAAGAGCAUUUCUGAGAUCGAGCAGAAUGGCGACCACUUCAAGGUCACGGUGACGACCGGGGCCAAGGUCAUGGUCAACACCUUCACCGUGGGCCAGGAGAGCGAGCUGGAGAUGUUGACGGGGGAAAAGGCCAAGGGCGUGGUGCGGCUGGAGGGCAAUAAGCUGAAGGUCACACUGAAGGGCAUGGACUCCGUCACUGAAAUGGUCGAUGCGAACACACUCGUGACUACCGCGACGCUGGGAGGCAUGGUUUACAAGAGGACCAGCAAGCGCAUGUAGAAGGCCUUGUCUGUUAUAUUUAAUAAAAUUUGAAAAAACAAAAAA